AAACGCAAAAGAAAAUGUAAAACGAAACAGUAAACUCGGAAGUGAAGCUAAGAAUUCUUAGCCCAGAAUUCAUUUGCAUAAUUUGUACGUUUGUUUGAAUACACAUGUUUUUAAAUUUAUAAAGUUGAAUCGAUAAUGACAGAAGAACAGUUUUCAGGUUUGUUUUAUUGUGAGAUCAGAAACUGAGUGAGCUUGAUCUCACGUGAGUUACUCCCGACUGGUGAACUAUCAUGCUGACAGUCAGCAGAUGGAGAAUCUCCGAUCGCGACUGUCUUUCGGGAAAAAAGCCGACGAUGUGAAACUGAGGAAACGUAACUCCCGCCUGUAUUCAAAGGAGGACGAGAGCCUGGAAAACGGAGCGCUGGGAGUCAGGGUGCUCGUGUUUUCCGUGGUGUUCAGGCUGGUGAACUGCCUGCUGGUUCGGACCAGCUUCGUCCCUGAUGAGUACUGGCAGUCUCUGGAGGUGUCCCAUCGAAUGGUCUUCAAUUAUGGGUAUCUGACCUGGGAAUGGAAAGCUGGAAUAAGAGGAUUUGUGUAUCCUCUUUUCUAUGCAUGUCUGUACAAGAUCCUACUCUUCUUAAACCAUGACUCGGUUCAUCUCCUGAUUUGGCUUCCAAGAAUUGCUCAAGCUCUUCUGGCAGCGUUUGCUGACACAAAGUUCUUUUUUCUCAUCCGAUCACUGGAAAACCAUGACACGGCCAGAUGGACAUUCUUCUGCCACAUGGUCUCCUGGUUCUCCUGGUUCUGCUGCACUCGGACCCUGACCAAUAGCACAGAAACCAUCCUCACUUGUUUGGCUCUUUACUACUUUCCUCUGCCUGGAUCCAAAACACACAGCAGCAAGAAGUACUUGGCCCUGGUGAGCUUGGCUGUGAUAGUUCGACCAACGGCGCUGAUUGUCUGGUUUCCUCUGUUGAUGCAUCAUUUCUGGCAGGAGGAGCAUAAACUGAGGCUCGUCACUCACAACUACAUUCCCAUAGGAACAUUGGCUUUGGUGAUUUCUGCUCUGAUCGACUGCGUGUUCUACAAAAAGUGGACUCUGGUGCAAUUCAAUUUUCUCAAGCUCAACAUCUUCCACGGUGUGGCCGAUUUCUAUGGCUCUCACCCCUGGCACUGGUACUUCAGCCAGGGCUUUGCUGUGGUGAUCGGACCACAUCUUCCAUUUUUUCUUCAUGGAUCCAUUCUCGCCUUCAGAAAGUACAAAAUCCUCUUGGCAGCAGUCGUCUGGACCAUUGUGGUCUACAGUUUUCUUCCUCAUAAGGAGUUCAGGUUCAUCUACCCAGUGCUGCCUUUCUGCAUGGUCUUCUGUGGAACAUCAUUGGCUCAUCUUACAGCACGUCGCCGAAGUGCAGCUGCUUUCCUGCUGGUGGCCAACCUUAUUCCAGCUCUUUACACGGGCCUCGUUCACCAGCGGGGAACUCUGGAUGUGAUGAUCCAUAUUCAGAAGCUUUGUGAUGUUAAAGGCAACUCCACACAACCUCAGCCAGACGUCCUCUUCCUCAUGCCUUGCCACUCUACACCCUUUUACAGUCACAUCCACUGCCCACUAAAGAUGAGGUUUCUGGAAUGUCCUCCAGAUCUCGGAGAGGAGGGAUACUUUGACGAGUCCGACAGAUUUUAUGAAGAUCCCCUGCUCUGGCUCAGAACGUCAUUUCCAUACAAAUCCUCUCUGCCAACACAUCUGGUUUUGUUUAAUGUUUUGGAAAAGGAAAUCUUCGCAUUUCUGCAGCGCAAUGAAUUUGUCAGGACUGCAGAGAUAUUUCACACUCACUUUCCAGAGGGAAAGGUUGGAGGAAGCAUCUUUAUUUAUGAAAGGCACUGAAAAACACUGGAACAAUUAAAACUCUAAACAACAUGUUAUCAAUUUGCAGCUGAAAUAAAUAUUUUAACUGUUAUUUCUUGUUUUAGUCCGUGUCAAAUUAAGAACCAAAAAA